AAGAUUGGAUAUCAUAUCUGCAUUGGAUAUCUUUGGGCAUCUACCUUCCUUUGCAUCGUGCUGCUCUAGCUAGCUAGAGCUUAGGUUGUCGCCGCGCCAGUAUCAACAAUGCCGAAAGAAGGGGAGAAUGAAGGCCGUGGAGCACGCCGCCGAUCGACGCGAAAAGUGGUGACACAGGCAGCAGCUCCUGCAGCAGCACCCACCAACAAGAGGAGAAGCAGCCCCAGUGGCAGUACAACUAGUAAUCCCAAUAAUAAUAAGGAGCCAGCACGACGCACGAGCCGUCGUCUCACUCGAACCUCCGAUUCCCCCAAGAAACGACCGGAUCCACUUCCCGGUCGACGUCGCAAACUACUGGCUGCAGCUGCUGCCAACAAGAAAGCGUCGGAUGUGAAGCAAGAAGAAGAAGAAGAAAAGGAAGAUCCCUCAUCAUCAUCCUCAGCAUCAUCAUCAUCCGAUCAAGAGCAGGAGAAAGAGCCAGCACAAAAAAAACAGCCGCCACGAAGGCAAACACUGGCGUCUCGUCGUACCAUUGGCGGUGGCCGAGUUGCGCCACGACGAGCCAGUGCUGCCAGAGCCGCUGCUAGGUUGACUCCAACGACCACACCGUCAUCCAUUAAUAAAGCAGAAGCAAAAAAGGCUACCAAAUCUUCGGAUGAGGAUUCCAGCGACUCGGACGAUCAAGAGGACGACAACGAGGAGGGAGAACGCAAGAAAAGUGAAACCAAAGCAUCUGACGAUGAUGACAGUGGUGAAGAUGAGGAAGAAGAAGAAAGUGGCGAAAAAAGUGAUCAUGACAAUGACGACGACAACAAGAGUGAACGACAACGAGAAGACGGAUCCGAUGAUGACAGUGAUAGUAAUAGUGACGAAGAUCAAGAAGAAAUGAAAUAUGAUGCCGGGAGUGGGGAAGAAGAAAAGGUGGAAGAAAAUGUUGGCAAACGUGCGAUUCAUGUGGCCAAGAAGGUCGCCAGUCCCAAAAUUAAACGAGCGGCUAGUGCCAGUAGAAAGAAAAAGGACCGUGGACGAAAAAGAGCCUCCAAUAAUAAGAAAUCAGCUGUAGACACGAGACGCGGUUCACCCAGUCGGCGACAACCUUCGAGAGCUUCUGCCAGAAAAAAGGUGGUUUUGAAAGAAAUUUCCGAAUCAGAUAUUGACGACGUCAUGGAAGAAGAUGAGGAGGACGAGGAAGAAGAACAGAAAGAGGACGAAGCCAAAUUGGACGCUCAGGGACGACCCCUGCGUCAUUCCACGCGAACCCGUCGACCGGCUCACAAACUCUUGGAGGCACAGUCCAGUAACAGUGAGAGUGACGGAGGAGGUGGUGCAGCAACAGAAGUCCGCACUCCUGUCAUUACAAACCACAGCAAAUCGAGGCGUCGGACACUGCAAGGAGGACUACAACAGCAACCCGAUACAAAGCCUCGUGGCCGCAAGGUGUUGACAGAUGCCAGUCAAAAGCGAAAGCCUCCGCCAGUGGCUGCCAGAAGGGCCUCCGCUGCCGGUGGAGCUGCUGCUACUGCUUCCACUGCUGCGGCUCCCCCCGCCAAGAAACCAAAACGCACGUACAAACCUCGUGCCAAAAAGACACCCAUUAACAACGACGACGCGCACGAGUUAAUUCGGCAUCGUUAUUACCAGGGUGACGAUGACGAGAGUAUCACCACCAAUGAGGCCUAUCGUGAUGAAGUCGAGAGUGACGAUGACAAUCCAUGGUACCAUAGCGCUGCAUCGUAUGAAAACCAGCGACUAGCCGAACAAUCGGUGUUGCACAAUUCGCAUCAAUUGGGGCAUUCCUGGGAUGACUUGCAGCUGGGUACAUUUCUGGGCAGCGCCGGUCUCAACCAGCAUCUUCGAGAACAGUUGCGAGAGACAGCUGUCAAGACUGGAUAUACCAGAGGGCUUUCCGUACCACAAUUCACAGCACAGCAGUGUCUACCAAUGAUCCAGUCGCUUCGACCAGAAACGAUUCUUCCACCGCCCCGAAGUGAAUUGCAUUCCGUUCUACAACAGCACAGAGGCGGUGGCAAGAGACCAUCCAAGGGUGACGGUGAGGACUAUAUGGAGGUAUCGGUGGACAUCAUGGACGAAGACGAAGCCGACAACAACAAUGACGCUAGUGCCGCUGAUGGUGCUGCACCUGACGACGGUGAGAAACGGUCUACCAGACAAUUCUUCUACGGGCCGCGCAUUCCAUACGACAGUCUGGCAGAGCUGUACGACUUUAUGUGCCAGCAGGAUGUCGACAAUGGCCGAGAGGCACAGCGACAGGCCCAAUUCUUGAGUUCCGAUGACAUUAUCGAAAAGAUGCGUGGGAUGGAGAACAAGUACACAGAGUUGAAACUGAGCGAGGAGCGCAUUAAGCAAACAUCGCGCUCACUAGGGAUUGGCCCUGCGAAAGGGCCCGAGUUCAAUGUGCAGGUGAACCAAUUGUUAGGUCUAGCGAGGGACAGUGAUCGGUCGGACGAAGAAUGAACGUGUGAUGGAAAUCCAAGGCCUGACUGGGCCGUUUCUGGGGCACCUAGCUAGCAAGGCAGUAACAUA